UGUAAAAGGGGUUAGUUAGGGUUUAUCAUAGCGUUGUUGGUGUGGGAGGAGUGAAAGAAACACUGCGCAGAGAUUCAGUUCGCAUUCCAUUACCAUAUCAAGAUGUCGCUUCACCGCCUGCUCCUACGUCGCCUGUCCUCCAUCGCCGCCUCCCGGCCCAUCUUCUCUCUCACCCAAACCCGUUCCUACGCCUUUUCCUCCGCCGAAGAAGCUGCGGCCGAGCGCCGCCGACGGAAGCGGCGUCUGCGCAUCGAGCCUCCCCUGAAUGCUAUUCGUCCUCCGCCGCAGCAGGGUCCUCCGCGCGACCCUAACGCUCCUCGCCAUCUCACCAAAGGUUUGAUCCAAGCCGGUCGAAUUUCCGAAGUCGUCGACCUCUUGCGCGAGAUGCUCACUAAGGGCCACGGCGCGGAUUCCCUCGUCUACAACAACCUCAUUUCAGGCUUUAUCAAACUGGAGAAUUUGGAGAAGGUCAAUGAGCUCUUCGACGAGCUUAAGGAGCGCUGCCUGGUGUAUGACGGGGUUGUGAAUUCCACUUUCAUGGAAUGGUUCUUCAAAAAGGGUAGGGAUAAGGAAGCCAUGGAGUCCUACAGGUCCUUGUUGGAGCGCCAGUUUAGGAUGACCCCUGCCACUUGCAACGUUUUGUUGGAGUGUUUGCUCAAGCAUGCCAGGAAAACUGAGGCUUGGGCCUUGUUUGAUCAUAUGCUCGACAAUCACACCCCUCCCAAUUUCCAAGCUGUUAACUCUGAUACCUUCAAUCUUAUGGUCAAUGAGUGCUUUAAGCUCGGAAACUUUGAGGAGGCCCUUGCAACUUUUAAGAAGGUUGGUACUAAACCUAAUUCUAAGCCAUUUGCCAUGGACGUUGCCGGCUACAAUAAUAUCAUUGCUAGGUUUUGUGAGAAUGGGAUGCUUUCGCAAGCUGAGACCCUGUUUGAAGAACUGUGCUCGAAGUCUUUAAGAGGAUAUUGGUCUCGUUUGGGAAUGAGGAAGAUUUGAA